AUGCAGGACAGGAUGUCAACCAAGACACUCGAGAAGAUAACCAACGUCCGUCUACCAAACAAGCCGCCGUCGACACUCUGGGAUAUUGCCAUCAAAGAUGGGAACAUAGCCUCAGUAGACAACCAUAGUAACUGCCAGGAUGGCCACGAGGGCACGCUGGAUGGAGCCAACCGUCUCAUAGCCCCGUCGCUUUGUCACGCUCAUAUCCAUCUCGACAAAUGCUUUCUCCUUCAAGAUCCUAAAUUCGGCGACCUGCAGAUUGAGAGUGGCGAUUUCAACGAGGCUAUGGAGAUGACAGGCGAGGCAAAGUCAAGGUUUGAGGAGGAUGACCUCCUAAGAAGGGGCACACGCCUGAUUGAAGAGAGUAUCCAACAUGGUGUAACCGCUAUGCGAGCCUUUGUGGAAGUGGACGGGGUGGUAAAGAUGAAGUGUUUGGAUGCGGGUCUCAAGUUGAAAGAGAUGUUCAAGGAUCGGUGUGAGGUGCAAAUAUGCGCGUUCGCCCAGCUCCCACUCUUUUCUGGCCGGGACAGGGGCGAGGAGGUAAGAGAGCUAAUGACCAAAUCUGCCUCGUUUGAGCAGGUAGAUGUGCUUGGAAGCACGCCUUACGUUGAAGAUGACGAGGAAAAGUCUCUAGAGAAUGUUAAAUGGAUUACGCAGUUAGCUCUAAAGCACCAAAAGCAUCUCGAUCUCCAUCUUGACUACUUUCUGGAAGAAGACAAAAAGCCUCUGGUCUGGGAUGCCUUGAACACUAUCAAAGAGCUAGAAUGGAGCAAGAAAGCGGGAAGCAAACAGAUCACGUUAGGCCAUUGCACAAGAUUGACAAGGUUUCGGAAUGACGAGUGGACGCAUCUGAGACAAGAAGUAGGCGAUCUGCCGAUUUCUUUCGUGGGUCUGCCGACUUCCGAUCUUUUCAUGAUGCGGACGCCAGAGAACGUGCGUGGAACCUUGCCAGUUGUCGAACUCAUCAACGAGUACGGAUUCAAUGCUGCGAUUGCUGUCAACAACGUGGGCAACGCCUUCACGCCGUACGGGAAUUGCGAUCCUCUGACUAUCGCAUCUCUGGGCGUCGGAUUGUACCAGGCUGGAACAAAGAAAGAUGCCGAACUCCUAUAUAUGCUUCAAGAUACACAACAAUCACUACAUUCGACCGAAAUGGCGUACUCCAUGACGGCCAACGAGAAAUGCGAACAUGUAGAGCGGCGUCAGCAGCCUACUAUGAGGCAAGUUGUCUACACAUUCUUAGACAACCUCAGACUGCGAUUCGGGGAGGAGUCAUCGGAAGUAAUGAGUAUCCUGAACAUUCUCGGCACAUUUCGAGAAGGACGCCUGUCAAAAAAGGACACACUCGUUGCAAUCAGGCUCGCGCUCGGAGGCCAAGCAGACCUCAAGCAGGAUCUCUUGAAUAUACUCUUCCACAAGGAUGCAGACUGGGGAAUGGGCGACUUUGACUUCGGCUCGCAUCAGCCCUUCAGCCAAGGAAGCCCCAGCCCGCAAUUCCUACAGCCAGCUCACCAGCCCCAGAUGCGUCUGCCUCCGAUUUCUCCGUUGUGGUACGAGGCAAGCCAAAACUAUCCAUCUACCUAUUCUGCGGGAGUGUUCGGUUCUGGAGUGAACGGCGGUUGUGGAUUGCCACUACCUUCGUCGAUGCACCAAACCUCCGGCCAAUUCUGUCACCCGAACGUAUUCACAUCUUCUGUUUUGGCUGAAUCUGCCAGUUUUUGUCCUCAUAUGAGAAGCCAUGAAGAGGACAAGAUCCCUGAAAGGCAGCAACAUGGUGUAGAGAUCGUACCGCAGCUAAAUCGUUCUCCGUACAACUGGGAGGAUAUAGACCAGCCUAAGGAACCCCAAGCCUCUUACAGUCAGCCUUGGUGUCCUGUCGCCAGCAGUCCGAUGCUCGAUCAUGCGCAGUCUCUUGCCAGCAAUCACUUCGACUCUGCAUCUCUUUCUCGCGAAACUCACCUGUUUCCAAACUCUUCGCCAGAGGAGGGACAAGUGGCGACCACUAGCCCUUCCGUGCUCGGAGUUCCGGUUGCUGUCCCCAUUGGAAAAGCCAUCGAUGAUAUGCCACCACCGUCGAAAAAGCGUCGUCGUGAAAGCUCAAGAGUUCAAGUCAAUGUAAAGAAGGAUAUCAGUGAAUAUGUUACCCCGACUGCUAGUCCUACUUCAACAUCAACCACAACCAUCGACCAACCAUCUGUUCUACCCAAGCCGAAGAAGAGGGUCGUGGACGAAAACAAAUCAUCACAUGGACGUGGACCCUACAUCCACAGUCUUUGUGGUAAGGGCUUUUCCAGCAGAUCUCGGGUCAAGAAGCAUCACUGGGGUAACAAGCUUGACAACCUGGAAACAACUACCGGCUGCUGGGCGAAGAACAACAAGCCGAGCGUAAGCUGGAACGAACACCCGAGCUGCAAGGGGGGUAUGAUUCCGUCACAACUGUUACAACGGGCUCCCUCAGCUGCAUCUAAGAAGAAGGUGUCAGCAUAUGAGGCUCCGAUGGCGCCUUCGAUGGUACCUGAAUCGAAAGACUUUUCUCGAACCGUUGACGAUACUCCUCAUCAAUACCAGGAGAACCAGCCCUAUUUCGAAGGCCUAAGCUCUUACCGUUCUCACCAGCUUCCCACUCGAACAAGUUUGGACAACCUGCUCACUGCUGUCAAUGUCGCCUCCGAAAUCGACGCGCCACGACCGCAAGGACGUAUCGACUCGGUUGUCUCUCAUCUCGAUGCUCAAGCAGUAGCAGCCGAACACAACAAGCAGUAUAUUACCAACUGGCAAAGUGCUUGUGAUGAUCACGUUGUCGAGCCUUUUGCUCACGACCGACAGCACCCGUACACUAGCUAUGGGCUCGGUCUCCAAGGUACUCAAGUGCCGGUAAACAUGGCUCUGCCGGGUCUUAACGAACUGUACCCAUACACUCUGCCCACACGUUCUUUUACUGAUUCACACUGGGGAAAUGACCGCGAUCUGGUGUACGCUGGUGACAAUCGAAGCCACACGACUCUCCGAUCACCUUCCUCGCCUGGUCCAGACGAAGAAGGCCGUCAUUUGUAG